GACCUGGAGGCGCGUUUAUGUGCGGGUAACCUUGACCCCCGAGAGGUCGCGCGGGCCAGGGAGGGUCAGAGGUUGGCGUACCCAGAGGGCAUUGCGCGCUGUGGGGCGGAUGCUCUGAGGAUCACUCUGCUGGCAUACAACGUCAAGAAUUUAGACAUCAACUUCAACGUGGCGCACGCGGAGAGCAACAAGCGAUUCUGUAACAAAAUCUGGCAGUCUUUCAAGUUCAUCCUGUCCAAAAUUGGGGACGGCCCUUUCCAGUCUACGGAUUUCAAG